AUGCGUAUCGGACCGUAUCCGAAGCGUAUCGUAUCCAAACGAGUAUCCGAUACGGGAUACGCCACUAAAUUGGCGUAUCCAUGCUUCUUAGCUUCCACCCAUUCUGAAUGCGCACGAGUUGAUGCAAUCACAAACAUCAAGUUGGCUUAUCAAAUUAAAAAGAUCAACUGGCAAGAGCUCCCCUCAAGUUUACUCGUGGGACGACCUCAUGUGUAUCUAUCCUACAAAUGCGUCUGCAAGAAUCAUAUCCUUGAACUUGUCCUCAAGUGGAUUAACAAGGGAGAUAGAUCCUUCUAUAUCCAAUCUCGCAAUGAUACAGACUUUUUUGUGCGAAAGUCCAAAUGUCUCCGGAAAUGUUUAUUGCAACAACAACAAGAAGAAAAAGAAGAAGAAGCAUGGUUUCCUUAUUCCGGUAGUUGUUUCAGUCGUUGGAGUUUCAGCCCUCUUACUAAGUGCAAUAGCUAUCUGGUGGUUAGAAGGAAAUCAAAACAGGGAGAUAAUGUCUCAGAAGCACAACCGACCAUUCAACUAGAGUCCACAAAGCGACAACUUACAUGCUCUGAGAUACUACAGAUCACAAACAACUUUGAAAGGGUUCUUGGAAGAGGUGGAUUUGGAACAGUUUAUCAUGGCUACAUAGGCGAUACUCAAGUAGCUGUUAAGAUGCUUUCGCCAUCAUCGGUCCAAGGGCUUCAACAAUUUCAUUCAGAGGUUAAUCUUCUGACGAGAGUUCAUCAUAGAAACUUGACUAGCCUUGUUGGGUAUUGCGAAGAUGAAACAAAAAUUGGGCUGGUCUACGAGUACAUGGCCAAUGGAAACUUACAAGAGUGCCUUUCAGAUAGAAAUAUCUUGAGUUGGGAAGAUAGACUUAGAAUAGCAGUAGACACCGCACAAGGACUGGAGUAUCUGCACUACGGUUGUAAGCCACAUAUAAUCCACAGGGAUGUAAAAUCAACAAACAUCUUGCUGAAUGAAAACUUCCAAGCCAAACUAUCCGAUUUUGGCCUAUCCAGAAUCUUCCCUACCGAUACUGGGACUUAUAUAUCAACAGUUGUUGCUGGAACUCCUGGGUACCUUGACCCUGAUUACUACGCGUCAAACAGGUUAAAUGAGAAAAGUGAUGUUUAUAGCUUUGGGAUUGUACUGUUGGAGAUUAUCACAUGUCGUCCUGUUUUUUCGAAAACACAUGAGAAGAUUUACAUCAGUGAAUGGGUUGGCUUCAUGCUUUCAAAUGGAGACAUUUAUAGCAUUCUUGAUCCCAGGCUAGGAGGAAAUUUCAAUACUAACUCUGUCUGGAAAGCUGUUGCAAUAGCAAUGGCAUGUGUAUCUAAAGAUUCCAUCGAAAGGCCGAUCAUGAGCCAGGUAGUGGUGGAACUGAAGGAGUGUUUGGCAACGGAACUGGCAAGAACAAAGCAGAGCCAUCAAACCGAAUCAACAAAUUCCAUUGGGAUAAUGCCUAACAAUUCCAUUGCUAUGCUGCAUCCCUCUGUUAGGUAG